GCGCUGCUCCCUGGUUACGUUAACUGCGCCAUUAGGUCAACAUGGCGGGUGUAGUGGCGAAGAAGUGUCUCAGUCCUCUGUCUUUACUCACUCGGAGGCUCUCAGCUCCAGAGUUCAUCACUCAGUGCUGCUACCACAAGAAGGUGGUGGAUCAUUAUGAGAACCCAAGAAAUGUGGGAUCACUGGACAAAAACUCCAAGAAGGUUGGAACCGGCUUGGUGGGGGCGCCAGCUUGUGGAGAUGUAAUGAAGCUACAGAUUGAAGUGGAUGACGAGGGGAAGAUUGUGGAUGCCAGGUUCAAAACCUUUGGCUGCGGCUCUGCCAUCGCCUCCAGCUCUCUGGCAACUGAGUGGGUGAAAGGCAAAACACUGGACGAGGCUCUGGAGAUCAAGAACACGGAUAUUGCCAAGGAGCUCAGUCUUCCACCUGUGAAACUGCACUGCUCCAUGCUUGCUGAGGACGCCAUCAAAGCGGCCCUCGCAGACUACCGCCUCAAGCAGGACGACGACCAGCAGGAGGCAGCCAGAGCCAGCAACUGAACGCCGCACUCCUACUUCGAGCCGGAUGCCGUCUACUUCCUGUUCAAACGAGUAGCAGCAGCAGCAGUAUUACUGUUUUACUUUCCAGCAGCGCCGAUGGCAAACGCACACUAGUCAGCCCUUUAUAGAAGAGUUACUCAAGGCUUUCCGUCUUAGACUUUGCUCCUCUAACCCCGUCUACUGUAUAUUUUAGCCUGUCACGUAAACGCACAAUGUACCAUUUUGGGUUGGUGGUGCAAAGCUGAGCCUUAUGCUUCUUGAGAUUAUGUUUGGGCUUCAGACUGGGUUCAGGAGGAGUGUAUGUUUAGAAAGGUGUGAUGGAGGUAAAGGUCUUAGCUCAAGGCUCCACUGACUGAUUUGCAAUGAUGUGGAUUGCAAUGGUAAAAAAAAGGAGGUCCAGUAGUUGUAAGUGUAAUUUAUUAUAUUCACAAAUGCUACCUUGAAAGCCUGUAAUAAAAAUACUUUGCAUCA